CCGUUACGUUUGUACCAUCAUGGUAUCAGAGGAAACAUCGACAAUGGCGGAUGCUAACAUGCUUUUCAUGAUGGAGUCGCCACCGUCAGGACCUCGCAUUUCCUUCUCCGCCGACUUGUCAUCAUCAGACAGCGAGGGAAAUUACAUCUGCAUCAACCCGAAGAAUCUCUUACCGGGAAAACAAGAACAAGACAAGAGCUCAUCGAAAGCCGGAGACUUUGAGUUUCUAUCGAAUACUCAAACAAUGCUCACCGCCGACGAGUUGUUCUCCGAAGGAAAGUUUCUUCCUUUCCGGCACGUCAAGCAUUCAGAGAAGCUUCAAAACGUUACAUUGAAAACAAAAGCCGAAGAACAAGAACAAGAAAAAGAAGACGGUGAAGUAGUGAAAGAGGAGACUGUUAAUAACAGCAACAGAGGAAGCUGGUUUCUUGACGACGACCCUUCUCCUCGUCCACCAAAGUGCACUGUGCUGUGGAAAGAGCUUUUGCGGCUAAAGAAACAGAGGAACAACGCGAAGGCAUCGUCUCUCUCGCCGUCGUCUUCUUCGAGCUCGACUUCGUCUUCUUCCAGCUCGAUCGGGGACGCGGUGAAGAAGGAGGAGAGAGAGAAGAGAGGUAAGAAAGGGUUAGAGAGGACGAGAUCUCUGACUAUGAGGAUAAGACCGAUGAUUCAUGUUCCUGUCUGUACACCACCUUCUAAGCCUCCUCUGUUUCCUCUGAGGCUUCACACAACCAAAGUAGAGAGACGAACUUGAUGAUGACUGUAUUGUGAUUAAAUGGAUUGUGUGUUUUGUUGAGCUUUUUGUGAUUGAGAUCUGAUGUGUGUUGACAUUGUAUAAAUGUGAAUGACAU